GGUAACGGCGGCUCCCGCGUCCUCCUCCAUGUCCCCGCCUACCCCCGCCGCAGCCCGCCCAGUCUCCUCCUACCUCCGCAGCCUCGCCGAGUCCUCGGUGCGGGCUGCGAGCGGGACCCGCGGAGCUGCGCUGUCCUCGACGCCUCCGCCGGCCGCGGGCUGAGGAGCCAGCAAGAGCUGGCCCGGCCCCUGCCGCCGCCGCCCAACCCCAGGCAUCUGCCCUGCGCCGUUGUCCCAGCGGCUUCGGGCCGGCGGGACCGCCCCGUCCCUUCCAGGGGUGACCCGGGGGUCGCGGGCGGGACGGCGCCUGCGGCCGAGUCUGGGGAGCGCCGGGUGUCGGGUCCGGAAGCGGCCGCCGCGACUCUUGCUUCGCGGGCGUCGUUGCUCCGCGGGCCGGCCUCCACGCGCGGGGACAGGUGCCCCGGCUGGGGUCUGUCGGGAAGAUGGCGACCCCGGGCAUGAGCUGGCAGCAGCACUAUUACGGCGGCUCGGCGGCCGGGGCGGCCAAAUUCGCGCCCUCGCCGGCCACCGCACAGCUGGCUGGGCACAGCAUGGACUACAGCCAGGAGAUGCACCUGAAAAUGAGCAAGAAAAUCGCCCAGCUCACCAAGGUAAUAUAUGCUUUAAACACUAGAAAUGAUGAGCAUGAAUCUGCAAUUCAAGCCCUCAAAGAUGCUCAUGAAGAAGAAAUUCAACAAAUUCUUGCAGAAACAAGAGAAAAAAUAUUGCAGUAUAAAAGCAAAGUAACAGAGGAGCUAGACCUUAGAAGAAAGAUUCAAGUUUUAGAAGCAUCAUUAGAAGAUCACAUAAAAAUGAAGCAGCAGGCUUUGACAGAAUUUGAAGCUUAUAAGCACAGAGUUGAGGACAUGCAACUUUGUGCAGAAGCCCAGCAUGUCCAACGCAUAGUGACCAUGUCUAGAGAAGUCGAAGACAUUAGAAGGAAAUUUGAAGAAAAAUUACGGAGCUUUGGACAACUUCAAGUACAGUUUGAAAAAGACAAACGAUUGGCAUUAGAAGACUUGCAAACUGCUCACAGACAAGAGAUACAAGAGCUAUUGAAGUCACAGCAGGAUCACAGUGCCUCAGUAAAUAAAGGCCAGGAGAAGGCAGAGGAACUACACAAAAUGGAGGUGGAGUCCUUAAACAAAAUGCUUGAGGAGCUAAGACUUGAACGGAAGAAACUAAUUGAGGAUUAUGAAGGCAAGUUGAAUAAAGCUCAGUCCUUUUAUGAACGUGAGCUUGAUACUUUGAAAAGGUCACAGCUUUUUACAGCAGAAAGCCUACAGGCCAGCAAAGAAAAGGAAGCUGAUCUUAGAAAAGAAUUUCAGGGACAAGAAGCAAUUUUACGAAAAACCAUAGGAAAAUUAAAGACAGAGUUACAGAUGGUACAGGAUGAAGCUGGAAGUCUUCUUGACAAAUGCCAAAAGCUUCAGAUGGCACUUGCCACAGCAGAGAACAAUGUUCAGGUUCUUCAAAAACAGCUUGAUGAUGCCAAGGAGGGAGAAAUGGCCCUAUUAAGCAAGCACAAAGAAGUGGAAAGUGAGCUAGCAGCUGCCAGAGAACAUUUACAACAGCAAGCUUCAGAUCUUGUCCUCAAAGCUAGUCAUAUUGGAAUGCUUCAAGCAACUCAAAUGACCCAAGAAGUUACAAUUAAAGAUUUAGAAUCAGAAAAAUCAAAAGCCAAUGAGAGAUUAUCUCAACUUGAAGAGGAAAGAGCUUUUUUGCAAAGCAAAACCCAAAGUCUGGAUGAAGAGCAAAAGCAACAGAUUCUAGAACUGGAGAAGAAAGUAAAUGAAGCAAAGAGAACUCAGCAAGAAUAUUAUGAAAGGGAACUUAAAAACCUGCAAAAUAGAUUGGAAGAGGAGGUGACUCAAUUAAACGAGGCCCAUUCUAAGACUUUAGAAGAAUUAGCUUGGAAGCACCAUAUGGCAAUUGAAGCUGUCCACAGUAAUGCAAUUAGGGAUAAGAGAAAACUGCAAAUGGAAUUGGAAGAACAACAUAACAAAGAUAAACUAAACCUGGAAGAGGAUAAAAAUCAGCUUCAACAAGAGCUAGAAAACCUAAAGGAAGUACUGGAAGACAAGCUGAAUACAGCCAAUCAAGAGAUUGGCCGCCUCCAAGAUCUGGUAAGGAAAAGUGAACAAGGUCUUGGCUCUGCAGAAGGACUUAUUGCUAGUCUUCAGGACUCCCAGGAAAGGCUUCAGAAUGAGCUUGACUUGACUAAAGACAGCCUAAAGGAGACCAAGGAUGCUCUAUUAAAUGUGGAGGGUGAGCUAGAACAAGAAAGGCAACAGCAUGAAGAAACAAUUGCUGCCAUGAAAGAAGAAGAAAAGCUCAAAGUGGACAAAAUGGCCCAUGACUUAGAAAUCAAGUGGACUGAAAAUCUUAGACAAGAGUGUUCUAAACUUCGUGAAGAGUUAAGGCUUCAACAUGAAGAGGAUAAGAAGUCAGCAAUGUCUCAACUUUUGCAGUUGAAAGAGCGAGAGAAAAAUGCAGCAAGAGAUUCAUGGCAGAAGAAAGUAGAAGAUCUCUUAAACCAGAUUUCCUUGCUGAAACAGAAUCUGGAGAUACAGCUUUCCCAGUCUCAGACUUCUUUGCAACAACUGCAAGCCCAGUUUACGCAAGAACGACAGCGGCUUACACAAGAGCUUGAAGAAUUAGAGGAGCAACAUCAGCAAAGACACAAAUCAUUAAAAGAAGCACACGUCCUUGCAUUUCAAACUAUGGAAGAGGAAAAGGAAAAGGAGCAAAGAGCUCUUGAAAAUCAUUUACAACAGAAGCAUUCUGCAGAGCUUCAAUCACUAAAAGACGCACACAGAGAGUCAAUGGAGGGCUUCCGGAUAGAAAUGGAACAGGAACUUCAGACUCUUCGGUUUGAAUUAGAAGAUGAAGGAAAAGCUAUGCUUGCUUCCUUGCGCUCAGAACUCAACCAUCAACACGCAGCUGCAAUUGAUUUGUUACGGCAUAAUCAUCAUCAAGAAUUGGCAGCUGCUAAAAUGGAAUUAGAGAGAAGCAUAGACAUCAGCAGAAGACAGAGUAAGGAGCACAUGUGUAGAAUUACAGAUCUACAAGAGGAAUUAAGACACAGAGAGCAUCACAUCUCUGAAUUGGAUAAGGAGGUUCAGCACCUUCAUGAGAAUAUAAGUGCCCUAACCAAAGAACUGGAAUUUAAGGGGAAAGAAAUUCUCAGAAUACGAAGUGAAUCUAACCAACAGAUAAGGUUGCAUGAACAAGAUUUAAACAAGAGACUUGAAAAAGAGUUGGAUGUCAUGACAGCAUACCACCUCAGAGAGAAAAAUAUCAUGCGGGCAGAUUUUAAUAAGACUAACGAGCUACUCAAGGAAAUAAAUGCAGCUUUACAAGUGUCAUUAGAAGAAAUGGAAGAAAAAUAUCUAAUGAGAGAAUCAAAACCAGAAGAUAUACAGAUGAUUACAGAAUUAAAAGCCAUGCUUACAGAAAGAGACCAGAUCAUAAAGAAACUAAUUGAGGAUAAUAAGUUUUAUCAGCUGGAAUUAGUCAAUCGAGAAACUAACUUCAACAAAGUGUUUAACUCAAGUCCUACUGUUGGUGUUAUUAAUCCAUUGGCUAAGCAAAAGAAGAAGAAUGAUAAAUCACCAACAAACAGGUUUGUGAGUGUUCCCAAUCUAAGUGCUCUGGAAUCUGGUGGAGUGGGCAAUGGACAUCCUAACCGCCUGGAUCCCAUUCCUAAUUCUCCAGUCCACGAUAUUGAGUUCAACAGCAGCAAACCACUUCCACAGCCAGUGCCACCUAAAGGGCCCAAGACAUUUUUGAGUCCUGCUCAGAGUGAAGCUUCUCCAGUGGCUUCUCCAGAUCCCCAGCGCCAGGAGUGGUUUGCCCGGUACUUCACAUUCUGAAAGAAUUGUGUUGGCACAGCUCUGUAUGGACUGUUACUAAGAGCAUGACUUCAUACAGAUUGUUAUGUAAAUAGGCUUUCCUAUGUCAAACACUGUGAAUGAGAAAGUAUUUGUCACUCUCCAACUUGAAAAUGCACUGUAUUUCCUGUGAUAUUUAUUGGAAUCAUUCUAUAAGGUAGUAUAUUAUGUGUGUAAUUAUAACUGUUAUUUUUAUUUGAGAUGGAAGAGUCUUUAAACUUUGUAAUUCCUGCAUAAUAAAUUUUGUUAGAA